AUGCGAGGCCAACAGGAGUGCGGCUCGGUGUGGCUGACGGUGUCGUCGCUGUGGCACGCGGCGGCAGACGACGUGCGUGGCGUGACGGAGCGCGAGCUCGAGUUCAACUGGGACCCCAGCUGCCCGCCCGAGUGGGUGUUGCUCUUUGACCACGAGCCGCCCGCCCAGAUCGGCGACCCCAACGACGAGGCAGUACACAGCGUUCCAUCGCCUGCCGGCCGAGCAAUUGACAAAGCAGGCGGCGUGGCCGCGUUGCGCGCAGGGCGCGGGGCGGCGGGCGUGCUGGCGCGCGCGUGGCCGGGCGAGCACCCCGACGGCUUCGCGCGCACCAACGUGAGCGCGGGUCGGCCGGCGCUGCCGGGCGGCUGGGAGCGCGGCGGCCGCCCCACCCCGGCGCCCGGCGACCACUGCCUGGGCUUCUGGGCGGGCGCCUACCGCGCCGGCCGCCGCCUGCACGCGGACUGCCUCAAGAUCCGGCCCACGUGGAUGUGGGACCACAGGCCAGGGAAGUUUGUAAUUUUAUGUGGAGUCCCUCUAUACAAAGCGAAGGCUCGAGUGGGCAGGGCAGUGAGCCGUGGUCGACCGCGCGUGCGCAGGCAGCAGCUGGGGCAGCUGCCGCUGGCGUCGCUCUUCCUGCCGGGGACGCACAACUCGGGCUGCUACCACAAGAGCGGCGGGCUGACGCGCCGCGACACCUUCGCGCGCUACCUGCUCACGCAGGACACGGACGUGUGGGGCCAGCUGGUGCACGGCAUCCGCUACCUGGACUUGCGCGUCGGCUACUACCCGGCGCGCGGCAAGGGGCCCCCGGGCCAGCACCACGCCUCCAGGUUCUCGGUGAACCACGACCUGCUGCGCGUGGGGCCGCUGCUGCCGGUGCUGCACGAUCUGAAGCGCUUCCUGAACGCGUCGCGCGGGGAGGUGGUGGUGCUGGACCUGCACCGCUUCCCCGUGGGCUUCCACACGCGCCAGGGCCGCCACCGCAAGCUGGUGUCGCUGCUGGUGCGCGAGCUGGGGCCCUUCAUCAUCCCGUCGACGGCCGCCACGCCCACCUCCACGCUGGCGCAGAUCUGGUCGCGCGAGCGCCGCCUCAUCAUCACAGUCAAGGUAUCUAUUCUAGAAAAAUGUGACACCAAAAUUUUACCUGUAGAUAAAGAGAGUAAAUGGCUGUGGGGACCUAUCAACCAGAUGUGGGGCAACCAACAAACGCCAGGGGGACUGAAGAAUUUCCUUCAACGCACCAUGGACACUGCCCGCCCUCGUAGCGAUGAACCACAGUUGUGGGCUGCAAUGGCAGAGCUCACUCCAACACCAUUGGAAGUGAUGUUCAAACCCUCAGGAUCCUUACGCCAAAUGGCAGACUCAAUUAAUCGCAAUGUAACUACUUGGUUUAAAACAAUGUGGUGGCAAAAAGCUAACAUUGUGGCAACAGACUUCUUCCUUGGAAACGACCUCAUUAAUGUAGCUGUUGCGGCCAACCUAAGGAAAAUGAAUUUGGUGGAAGCUCGAUAG